AUGGCAAAACGCUUCCAACGGUCCUCACAAUGUCAAAGUCAAAUCAUUCUAUAUAUUUUCUCUACAUUGUCACACUCUGUUUUUGUGUGUGGGAACACCGGAAGUUGCCUAUGUGGGCAACAUUUCUCCACGUGGCGUCCUCCUCACUCUCCGUGUGCAACUCGCAUGGACCCGGGGCCCACUCAAGACCCUCCCAAUCAAGCUAUAAAAGCCACCUCACUCUCUCCCCAGUUGUCAGCCUGCAACCCCAAAACUUGUGCUAAAACACACUCUCAACUCACAGCUUUCUCCGACGCAGCAGAACAAAUGAACACGAUCUCCAGACAACUCUCCGAUUCCGCCGAAAGGCCCGAAUCGAGUUCCGAAAGCGUCACGACUCGAAGCCAGCCGACUUCGUUCUCCGAUGAGGAGGUCAUUUUGGCGUCCAGCACGCCGAAGAAGCGAGCGGGGAGGAGAGUUUUCAACGAGACAAGGCACCCCGUUUACAGAGGAGUGAGGAGGAGGAACAACGACAAGUGGGUGUGCGAAAUGAGAGAACCAAACAAGAAGAAGUCGAGGAUAUGGCUCGGAACUUAUCCAACGGCAGAGAUGGCAGCUCGGGCGCAUGACGUGGCGGCAUUGGCCUUUAGAGGGAGGCUUGCCUGCCUCAAUUUUGCAGACUCCGCAUGGCGCCUGCCUGUCCCGGCUUCCACUGAUUCAGUGGAUAUCAGGCGGGCGGCCGCGGAGGCUGCAGAGACAUUCAGGCCAGCCGAGUUUGGCGGAGUGUCGGAAAGUGGGGAUGAUGAGAAGGAGAGCAAGAAAAUGGAGGGGGAGAAGGAUUGUGGAUGUGCGGAGCAAAGCGAUUGUGGAGGUGCGGAGCAAAGCGAUUGUGGAGGUGCGGAGCAAAGUGGCAGCUCGUUUUACUUGGAUGAGGAGGAAAUGUUCGCCAUGCCAAGGUUGCUUGAUAGUAUGGCGGAAGGGCUUCUGCUCUCUCCACCUCGCCGUUCAGCUGGUAGCAACAUGAACUGGGAUGAUAUGGGAAGCAAUGAUGAUGACGUCAAUCUGUGGAGCUUCUCAAAGUAAUAGAUAUUUUAUACAGGUCUAUUCAUCAUCCCUAAAGGACACUAUGCGUUUAUUUUUUGAUUUAAUUUUUGCCAUUAAAAAAAAAAUUUCUGUUGUUUAUGCGUGUAAAAAUAAUUAUAAUUUAUAUAUUGUUGUUUCGUUAUAUUUUAGUCUAAGGGAAAUAUCUUGUUUUAGACCUUUAAGGGUAUUGAUGGUAUUAAUUAAUACACUGUUAGUGUGAGAUAUUUAGAAUCAAUAUCCAUAAAGUUACUAAAUUUGGAUUGAUUGAAUAUAAAGGUAUCUAAUUUUGUAUGAUUGAGAUAUCUUGCUCUUUUGUGGAAAUAUCUUGCCCUAUUUUAGUAUGUGGUGUAGCAGUGAAGUGAGGUACUUCUGUGGUCAUAAGGCCUUACACGUGUCAGGUAUUGCAUGAGUUGACUUGUUUCUUUAUUCA